AUGCUGAGCCUCGUGAAGAAAGUAGUGACCGUGACGACUCCAGCGGGCCGUCGUGCGCCCGCGCCGUCUCGUCUGAUGAGUCAAGGCCCUGCCCCUCCUGAGGGAAGUCUGGAAGCCAAGGUCCGCCACUACCUGCCGAAAGAUUACCACAUCGUGCUGGCGACUUUGGGUGCAUACACGACGCUCAUCAUGUUGUUUAAGCUGAAGCCGUCCUCGAAGAAGAAGGAGGUGGAGGAGCCUGUUGUCGCUUCCAGCUCGACGUCGGUGUCGACGUCCAUCCCGUCGCUCUUCGAUGAUGAGUUUGACGAGUGGUCGAAGCUGCCAGGCAACCUGGACAAGUGGGAGAAGAGCCUGGAGACUAUGGGAAACUAG